AUGAAGCUGUUUAAUAAAAAACUUUCGAUAGAAACACAAGUACCGAACGAGCACUGCAAAGAGAAGGAAAACUUGAAACAAACCCUAUACCAAUCCGUCUGGCCGGUGUGGUAUAGUCAGGUCUUGGAUAAUAUUAACAAAUUGAAAGACUGGAACAGAAAGAGAUGUUCUCAGAAACUUAGAAAUCACAUCAUUGACUGGUCUAAGUUUGUCUACAUUGAAUACUACAUUUUAUGGUAUCCAAGCUUUUAUAUGCAAGCUGUCAGAAACAAAAUAAAUAAUUUUAAAUUGUAA